AUGCCUCAAGAAGAAGUGAUCAAAUGUAAAAUCUAUCGAGCUGAAGACGGAAAUAAUCAUGAGCCACAAUGGGAACGACCCGGUUUCAAGAAAGAUGAGAUCGAAACCCGUGUGAAGGAUGUUUUGAUGUUUCGGAAUAACUAUCUUCCGAAUUGCUACAAACUGUUUGUCGAGGUGACGUAUGAGCUUCCGAAGAAAGGAAGAAAUGAGCCACUCGGAAUCUCAAAUCGGCACGGACUAGUGACACGUGUCAACUACGCGAGCCCAUUCAAAGGAUCGAUUCUUCCAGGAGACGUUCUUCUUUCAGUCAAUGGGACCAAUGUCUGUUUUGAAGAGAAGACUAUAAUGGGACAAGUGGAAGAUAAGACGACGAGUCAACAAAGCAAACAGAAGAAUCCGGAAAAGAAGGGAACAGGAAAGGAAGGAGAGAAGAAGGAUGCGAAACCCGCGUUUUGGACGGGAGCUCAGGAGUUUAAAAGUGUGAUUUCUAAGAUUUUGGCGUCGAAGAAAGAGACGAAGAUUACGAUUACGGUGGCAAGGUUGAAGACUCGAGUGGGGACUUUUAAAUGUCCGCCGGGCAUCACCCCAACGCCCGGCUACAAUCUCGACCUAGCUCUUCUCUACCAAUUCAAAUACCUAAAACUAGGCUUGAACAUGCAACAAACCGGUCAACGAGUCGUUGUCAAUUACACGAUGCCUGAUUCUGUCUCUCAUAUCAGUUUGAAUAUCGGAGAAGCGAUUCUGGCAGUUGACGAAAACGUCGUGACGAAUUUGGAAGACGUUCGAACCAGAAUUCUCGAUGGUUGUAAAGCGAAUGGAUGGGUUCGGUUGAUUGUGGAGUAUCCGGAUACGGAUCAGUUUAAGAAUAUGGUCAGAGGACAGUUAGCGACCGCCCAAAAAACCAACGAUCGUCCGAAUUAUUCACUCUGUGGAGACGUCAAAAAAUAUUGUGAAGAAGGUGUGGAAGCUCUGAAAAAUGGAAAAGAGCUGGAUCCGGUGCUCAAAGAGCCCACAAAAGGAUCGGAUCGAAAAGAGCCGGAGAAAAAGAAGACAGAAUCUUUGGUGGAAUUUCGCAAAACCACUGACGAGAUUGGCAUUCCCACUGAAUGGAACUCGAAACUUUUUGUGUUGCUUCCACCGUUGAAAACAAAGGAUUCUGAAAGUACCGACAAUUCGCAGAUGAAGAAGUGA